AGAACAUGGCAGAAAUGCAGGGCAGCGGGCAGAGGGACUGGACUCACUCCUCAGCAGAGCUGUUGGAACUCGCCUAUCACGAGGCGGCUGGCAGGUAAUGGCGUUUGGCAAGUGGACACAUAACUCACUGGGUACCAUGCCAUAGCAAGACCACCAUCCCACUCUGGAGAACCCUUUCAGAAACCUUUUACACUGUUUUCCAUUCAAAACAACACUGACUGAAAUUGUUGUCCUGCAUGUACAGGUUGCCAGUGUGUUUCCAGGUUGAAUCCAAGGUGCUGGUGUUAACAUUCUAAACUGCUUUGAUACCAUCUUUCCUGGGAAGCUUCCUAUGUGCUUUGCUUGUCAUCUAGGCCACUAUUUCUAGACCCCUGUUUUAUGAAAUUAGGCCUAGGGCUGUCGAGUCUAGGUCUUUGGGGGGCGGCACCUGGCAUGUGGAAUGCUCUGUUGAGAGAGGUUUUGUAGACUCUGAUACAUAAUUGUGACAAGAAUUAAUUUCAGAUGCACCCAGGAUCAAACUGUUUUGAAAGAUUAUUUUGAUCCUACUCGGUUCUUUUAAUCUGUUAAGCAGCAAGGCUAAAUCCAUUUUACAGAUUACAUAUUUUAAAUUAGGCCCUUUGGGGAGCCAUAAAUGCUUAUAGCUGCCAGGCCAUUACAACGUGAAGCUUGGGAUUAAACCUAGUCAACUCUGAUCCAUUGGUUUGAAAGAGUAACCCAUAAAGCAGAUGUGCAGAUGUCCCCCAUUAAUAGAGGCCUUAGAAAUAACUUUUCCCCCAGGGCUAAUUUAGCAUCUUGAAAAAUAGGAACGUGCAUCUUCGUGCAUUUCUUAGAUGGACCUCUUUUAUAUAUCCUCCUUGGGAUGAAACAGGUCACAAAAUGUUAAUAUUUGAUCUUAUAAAACCUAAUGUAAUACUAAAGGUCAGGAAGCGCUGAUACAUUUAUACUAGAUCCUCAGUGGAGAAAAAUUUUAUGAGCUGGUGUCUGUCUAGCUAGCUGUCUCGUGAACUGUUUUGCACAUGCAUGUUAUGCUGGCUCUCAAACAAGAAAAGGGGAGUUUUGUAAUUAAAGAAGCAGUGUUAAAGUGAUAGAACAGAAUCUAAAUAGUCCUUCCAGGAAUCCACUUCUUGUUAUUUCUGAAAAAGAUGCAACCCAUUUACAGUCUUCUCCUAUCUAUCAGAGUAAAUUUGUACGGCUCGUAUUGGACCUUUCGAUUCUUCACAGAGAUGCCAACAUUUGUUUGUUGUUUUUAAUUGCUGCUUUUAUAUACAAUAUGUGCUUGCUUCAUCUUUUUCUAGGUACUUCUAGUUUCUCUAGAAGAUUCAUCUGGGGAUUUAUCUUCUUUUGUUUGAUUUUUUAAAAUAUCUGUUCCUGUUGUUUGAUUUCCACCUCAGCCUUCUACUUCCCUUUCCCAUUCUUUUUACAGCUGCCCAGUGAGUUUUUUUUAAUUGCCUUUUGAUCUUCUUUUCUGUGCAUGGACACUUUCAAAAUAGUCCUCAUGGUAACAACAGAAUGGGGUUUGGAUAGAAAGGAUGUUUAUCCGCGGUCAAUGGAAGUGUGCAUGCAGCAUGGCUAACGUUGCCUCCUCCCCCUUGGUUGACUUGCAAGAUGCUUGUUGAGGACACGGGGAGCUCCUGCUUAUGGGGAGGGGGUGGAGUUGGGGAUCUGGCCCAGAGCAUAGCUGCCUUAGUCUAAGGCGGGCUUCUCUCUCCUUCUCUCGAGGCAUGGCAUUUCUCGGCAGCCUGAGGACAGCACUUCAUUCUUGAGCUUCAGAGACAUGAAAGAUUAUCCAAACCAGCUGACGGGUAGCCAGAGUCUAGCGAAGGCAGGAAUGAAUGUCCACACACCAAACGAGCCGUGGGAAGGCUCACCAGAUCCAAUUCUGACGCUGUCUGCUCCCCCCAUAGUGCCAGGCUUCUGUUGUACUGUUGGGGUGGACUGGAAGUCUCUCACCACUCCAGCGUGUCUUCCCCUGACCACGGAUUACUUCCCGGACCGCCAGAGCCUGCAGAAUGACUACACGGAGGGUUGCUACGAUCUCCUACCUGAAGCAGACCUGGAGAGGAGGGACGAGGAAGGCUUGCAGAUGACAGCCCAGCAGGUCUUUGAGGAGUUCAUCUGCCAGCGUCUCAUGCAGGGCUACCAACUCAUUGUGCAGAGUAAGCCCCAGAAGCCAGCAGCGGUCCAGCCCCCCCUUAGCAGCAGCCCCCUGUACAGCAGAGGCCUUGUGUCACGAAAUCGACCUGAGGAGGAUGACCAGCACUGGCUGAGCAUGGGCCGGACCUUCCAUAAAGUGACCCUGAAGGACAAAAUCAUUACUGUCACUCGGUAUCUGCCAAAGUACCCGUAUGAAUCUGCCCAGAUCAAUUAUACUUACAGUCUGUGUCCUUCCCACUCAGACUCAGAGUUUGUCUCUUGCUGGGUUGAGUUUUCCCACGAGAGGUUAGAGGAAUAUAAGUGGAAUUAUCUGGAUCAGUACAUCUGCUCUGCUGGUUCAGAAGAUUUUAGCCUCAUCGAGUCACUAAAAUUCUGGCGGACGCGUUUCCUGCUCCUGCCGGCCUGCAUCAGUGCCACAAAGCGUGUUAUGGAAGGCGAAGCCCACUGCGAUGUGUACGGCGGCAAGGCUCGCUCUGACGAAGAGGAGUGGCAGCUUCUGGACGGCUUCACCCGCUUUGUGGAAGGCCUGAACCGCAUCCGCAGACGGCACCGUUCUGACCGGAUCAUCCGGAAAGGUCCUGCAAUGAAAGGCUUACAGAUGACCAGCCCCCUUCCUGCUCCCUCUUUGGAGCCUCCGGGGCCACCUCCGCUAGCCAAGAAGGGGACCUCAGCGCUCUCGGCUCUGUUAGAGAUGGAGGCCAGCCAAAAGGUCCUGGGUGAUCAGCAGGCUGCAGCCCUUGCCGGGAAGAGCUCUGUCCAGCCAGCAGAGAGUGGCAGCGUCGCCAUGACCCCCACUUACAUGGACAGUCCACGCAAGGAUGGGACCUUCUUUAUGGAGUUUGUUCGAAGCCCUCGCGCAGCAUCUCUCUUCCACACGCAGGUCUCUGUCGAUCAGUCUGUUCCGGCAGCCGUGGAAGGCAGCACUUUGAUCGGCGCAGGCCAGUCUGCAGACCGGAGUGGCCUUCAGGCCAGUUCCCUGCAUGGAGGAGACCCGGCCUCAGCCACCUCUGGCCCUGUGGAAAACAGCUCCCAGCCCUUCUCCACCAGCUCCCUGACGUCGUCCUCUACUUUGCUAGAAAUCCUCGAAGCUAUGAAACAUCCCACCACAGGGAUCCAGCUGCUCUCCGAGCAGAAAGGCCUCUCCCCAUCCUGCUUCAUCAGUGCAGAAGUGGUGCACUGGCUGGUGAACAUGGUAGAGGGGGUGCAGACCCAGGCCAUGGCCAUCGACAUUAUGCAGAAAAUGCUGGAGGAGCAGCUGAUAAUUCACGCUUCCGGAGAGGCGCUUCGCACCUUUAUUUAUGGGUUUUAUUUCUACAAGAUAGUGGAAGACAAGGAGCAGGAGCGAGGGGGAAUUCAACAGCACACAGCAGGGGGAAUUCAGUGGCACACGGCAGCAAAGGACGACUUCUCCGCCUUCCAGCGAAAGUGGUUUGAGGUGGCGUUUGUGGCCGAGGAGCUUCCCCAUUCGGACAUCCCGGCGUUCCUCCUGCCGUGGCUGCCCAGCCGCCCGGCAUCCUACGCCAGCAGGCACAGCUCCUUCAGCCGCAGCUUUGGAGGACGGAGCCAGGCGGCUGCGUUAUUGGCUGCUACGGUGCCAGAACAACGGACGGUGACCCUGGAUGUGGACAUCAACAACCGCACGGACCGCCUGGAGUGGUGCAGCUGUUACUACCACGGCAGCUUCUCCCUCAGCGCCGCCUUUGAGGUCAAGCUGCACUGGAUGGCGGCGACAGCAGCUGUCCUCUUUGAGAUGGUCCAAGGCUGGCAUCGUAAAGCCACUUCCUGUGGAUUCCUGCUGGUCCCAGUCCUGGAAGGCCCGUUUGCACUGCCCAGUUACUUGUAUGGAGACCCCCUUCGAGCCCAGCUUUUCAUCCCCCUCAAUAUCAGCUGUUUGCUGAAAGAGGGCAGCGAGCACCUCUUUGAUGGCUUUGAGCCAGAAACCUAUUGGGACCGGAUGCACCUUCUGCAGGAAGCCAUUGCACACAGGUUUGGAUUCGUACAGGAUAAAUACUCUGCCUCUGCCUUCAACUUUCCCUCGGAGAACAAGCCCCAGUAUAUCCAUGUGACAGGCACGGUGUUCCUUCAGCUGCCGUAUUCCAAGCGGAAGUUCUCCGGGCAGCAGCGCCGCCGCCGCAACUCCACCAGCUCCGCCAACCAGAACGUCUUCUGUGAGGAGCGCAUUGGCUACCACUGGGCCUACAACACCAUGCUGACCAAAACCUGGCGGUCCAGCGCCACUGGCGACGAGAAGUUUGCUGACCGGCUGCUGAAGGACUUCACGGACUUCUGCUGCAACAAGGACAGUCGGCUCGUCUCCUUCUGGAUGGGCUGCCUUGAGAAGAUGCACGCCAGCGCACCCUGAGGGCCGUCUCCUGCAGGCUGGGGCAAAACCAAACCCGACUGGGGCAGUGGUGCUGUGGCAAAGCAUCUUGGCAGACUUGGCAUCUGGAGUGGAGCAGAGGGGGUCCAUAAGGUUCAGACCAAGAUGAAAGAUUAAGAGGAACUGAAAAAUAAUGGACAGAAGUAUGUAGGCGUACUGGAAGCUUAUGCCUGCUUCUCUGUGGAAGAUACUAUAUAUACAUAAAUAUGUAAAUAUACGUAAAUAUGGAAUUUAAAAUGUAGGCGAUAGGAAAUAACAUCCUCUCCUCCUGUUCUUUGUACUUUGAUAAGCCUGCAGCAUAUUAAAAUGGUAGGUAGUUGGGAAAAGAGCAGAAAUGGCGAUGACCGAAAAGAACAAGGCCAGAAGGGAGAUUGUUACAAUCCUGGGAGGAGGACUUUUAAGGGUGCUGGGUGGGAAGAGAACAAACCAGAAAUUCAGAGAACAAGAUGGUGUUGCUUGACCAGAAGGGAUCAGGGAAGCAGAAAUGGGUUGCAGAGGAAAAGAAAGAUGGGAUCACCUGGAGCAGAGAGAGGAGCAGAUCUCAGCCUUUUGGCUAAGGCCCAGCAUGUAGAGAGGAGCAGCAGAAGGCACCCUGGGACGUUGGCCCAGGUGGCAGCUGCUUCAGAGAUGAAGGAAGGGCCUGGCUACCCUCAAAUAUUCGUGCUUGUUCUGGAGACAAAAGUUGAGAACCCCCAGAGAGCAAAUGGCUCUUCUCCCCCCAAAGUGCACCCAUUUCCUUAGAAGCAAUUCCAGCAGAACAAGGAUUUACACAAAGCCUUAGUACAGAUCUUUUCAGAUAAAGCACUAAGGCCGGGUAACAAAAUCAAAGCUCAGCAUCACAGGCAUUAAAAGAAGAAGAUGAUUAUGCCAGAGGCUGGAGCCAGGGAGAUUUGUAUCGUGAGGGGAGGCCAGCCAAUGAUUGAGGAGGAGGAGGAGAAAGAAGAGGAGAUGGAGCUGGGAGUUGGGAUGCAUUCCUGGUCAGGGUGGCAGGACAGUGGCAGGCCUCUGCUAAAGCUUUUGACAAUGAGGCAUCUUGCUUCCUGGGCACCAGACCGGGUUGUCCAAAUGAAGGUACUGUGGGAGGGCUGAACCAUGGGGUGGAAGACGAGCGGUCCCAGUCUUCUCCUCCCACAAACCCUCUGGGUUCACACCCUCUGGCCUCGCAUCUCUUGCUGUGGUGCAGUUUUAGCACUACCAGCGAUCUACCAGAGGAUGCCUUUACCGGGUGUCCUUUCCCCAGCCCUGUCGUGUGUUGGGGGGAGUGGGGUCCCCCCAACCAAUGUGCCUCACUGGCAAGUAAAAGGAUGUUUUUUUCAUAAAGUCGGUAGCUCCACUUCUGGUGUUGAGGUAUAUCACUGGGGAAAUCAGCCUUCCCCCACUUCCUCGGCAACAGAGAUGAACCUCACAAGUUAUAAACAAUCAAACUUCAUUUUAAAAAAACCUUCCUUGUAAACGUCAAGUCAAGUGGAGGACAUUCAAAAACAGAGGAAAUGAAGAACAGCUAAAUCAGCAUCUUUAAAAGAAUUUCCAACAGAAAAAUGUACUAGGAAAGGUAACUCUGCUUUGAGACUGGUGAA